ACAGGGAUUAAAAGGGAUGUGGGUUAGCCCUGAAUUAUCCACGGCUGUGUUCAGUGGGCAGUGCAAGCGCCGCGCGCUCAUCCCCGGACUCUGCUUGGUCGAGAGCCAUUUUUUUUUUAAUUUUAUUUUAUUUUUUUACUUGCGAACACACGCUGUUGCUUGCAUAUGUUUUAUUUUUGCAGAACAUUUCUUCUCUGCCGAGAGAUGAGAAGAAAGCACGACGAAGCGUCCACGCAGGCGGCGAGGAGAGUGAAGGAAGUCACGCUGGACUAAAAAAAAAAAAAAAAAGGAGGCGUGUAAAACAGCGGCGGUGUAUGCGAGCGUCUCUCCCGGGGUUUGAGUCCCUUCAGUCCGCCCGGAGGAGGAGGAUGGUCCCGGGUGCUCCGAGCACCGGCACCAUGCUCCCCGCCUCGGAGGCAGCCAAGAUCUACCAGACCAACUACGUGCGCAACUCCCGCGCCAUCGGCGUGCUGUGGGCCAUCUUCACUAUCCUCUUCGCCAUCGUCAACGUGGUGUGCUUCAUCCAGCCUUACUGGAUCGGAGACGGCGCCGACACGCCGCAGGCCGGCUACUUCGGCCUCUUCCACUACUGCAUCGGCAGCGGCCUGUCCCGGGACCUGACGUGCCAGGGCAGCUUCGCCGAGUUCGCCAGCAUCCCGUCCGGUGCGUUCAAGGCCGCCUCCUUCUUCAUCGGCAUGUCCAUGGCGCUGGUGCUCAGCUGCAUCGGCUGCUUCGCCCUCUUCUUCUUCUGCAGCACCGGCACCGUCUACAAGAUCUGCGGCUGGAUGCAGCUGGCUGCAGGAACGUGUCUCAUCCUGGGCUGCAUGAUCUACCCCGACGGCUGGGACAGUGACGAGGUGAAGCGUAUGUGCGGCGAGCAGACAGACAAAUACACGCUGGGCGCUUGUUCGGUGCGCUGGGCCUACAUCCUGGCUAUCAUGGGCAUCAUGGACGCCCUCAUCCUCUCCUUCCUGGCCUUCGUGCUGGGGAACCGCCAGGACAGCCUCAUGUCCGAAGAGCUGCUGGUAGACAAGAGUGGCAACAAUUCCAUAUAAUGUGCUGCAAAGCAGACGUAUCACACAUGCAAAAAGCAGGUCCAAAGUCUAGCAUCAUGACGUCACCUGAGGAUGCUGCAGUGUUCUUCUGGUCAGAGCUGAUGCCGGUGAAAAAGAUCUUAGUCCAUGAAAAAAAGAAGGGGAAGACUGGGAAGACUGGGCACUCCAUCCCCCGGAACAUCCCAUCUGUAAAAUAGGAGUCUCAUUGAUCGGAAACUGCUUUUUGGGGGGCAGUUUCCUUAUGUUGUGUCCCGAAUGAGACAUCGGUCCAUGUGGAUGGGACACGGCUUCACCUACAAACUGGUUUUCCAAAAAGUGUUUUGCUCUGGAUUCAUAUUUAAAAACAAAACAAAACAAACAAACUACAAACUCGUUUUAAAAAAUGUGCUGUGCUCUGGAUUAAUAUUUAAAAAUCAAAACAAAAAAAACAAACACGAUCAUUUGGAGGUCUAAAAUGGAGCACACAGCUGCAAACAAAUGUAUGUUUUGUUAUACUUAAAUGUUUGAUGUUCAACUGUAGAAAAGUAACGUGACUUAUUUAUAAAAAGAAAAAAAUGUAUUAGUGUGUGCCAUACAGUUUAUGUUCUGAGACUGACAGUAUUGUGGGAGUACUAAAGCUUACAUGCAUUGCAUUAUGAGAAAGACAGCAGGUAAAGCACUGAAUGCUACCUCUUUCGUUCACUUCUGAUGCUUUGGUUUUGUUCAAUAAAUACAACACUGGUGUCUUUUCAUAAAAGCAGAAAUCUCGCCCUCUUGUGGCCAUAACAGAUCUGCUGCUUCAUGGACCAUUCAACAGCACAGCUGAAUAAACAAUUGUCUCCUUAAAACACAACUUUUGACCACUUUAACGUGUUUUUGUCUCCUCCACCUCCCCGUUUGCAUGACUGAGUUAACUUCAAUGCCAAUGGUUACUGAUAUUAGGCUCAUACUGUGAAUCUAUUAUGUAUAACAGUAAAAACAUGGAUUGUAUUUACCCCAAAGCAGAACUAUUCCUCCAGCAAUGAUGCAAGGACGGCUUCAUCU